GUUCAUGUGCUCGUUGCUAUUGCAGUCCUCUAUUACACAAACAUUUUAGGUGGAUCGCAUAAGCAAAGCAAAUUUUAUGGACAGUGUGAUGAAGCAAACCAGGAACUGAGAAAACCAACAAGUCUGCACCAACUAAGUGUAAAAUCAAAUUUCGGGACGUUAGCCAAGUCGGCUCAAUUAAGUCAUGAAUUGGCUGUUGAUUAGCUUAUUCUGAGAAUGCGAGCCUCUUAAUCAAAUGGCAUGUAGAGAAACAUUGAAUGGGUUAAAGAUCAGGAUGUCGGUUAUAACUCAGCCUGUUGAACCGGGCCUCUGCUUCUGUCUAAUAAUAUCACAGGUAAAGCGAUGGGCUUGAAUGUUACCUUCCACUAAAACGUUUAAAGCUUACAAUCAAACUCCUAUAAAUUACACGCGUAGCCUCUUUCCUUCCUCAGCUUUUCUCUUUCCCCUUGCUUCCAAGAAGAAGGAUCUUUCAAUUCUCUCCGGCGAGGCGAUGGCGGCAACGAGGGAGCAGUACUUGUACAUGGCCAAGUUGGCGGAGCAAACGCAUCGGUACGAGAAUAUGAUGGAUUAUAUGGAGAAGGUCGCUUUGGCGGCGACGGUGGAGGAGGAGCUCACGGUGGAGGAGCGCAGCCUCCUUUCGGCGGCUUACAAGAACGUCAUCGACGCCCUUCGCAAGUCCUUGGGUACCAUCUCAUCAAUCGAGCAGAGUCAGGAGAACCAAGGCAACAGCAACCGUCUCACCGCCAUCCAAAGCUUUCGCGUACGAAUCGAGACCGAGUUUUCAUCAACCUGCGGACGCAUCCUCGACUUCAUCGAGACCACCCUCAUACCGAAAUCUCCCAGCAAUGCCUCCAAGGUUAUGUACCUUAAGAUGAAGGGCGAUUACUACCGCUACCUGGCUGAGGUCAAGAUUAAUGGGCAUGAACAGCACAAGGACAUCGUCGAGAAAGCUUUAUCUGCCUACGAGAUCGCUCAGGAAGCUGCUCGGGCAGAAUUCCCACCUACACAUCCACUUCGGCUUGGCGUGGCACUAAAUUUCUCGGUGUUCUACUACAAGAUUCUAUAUUCUCCAGAAAAGGCUCAUAGUAUAGCCAAGCAGGCCUAUGAUGAAGCAGAUUUAGAGCAGGAUACACUUCAAGAUGAUUCGUUCAAGGAGAGCGCUGAGAUUAUGAAGCGUCUGCAUGGAAACCUCGACAUAUGGACAUCAGACAUGGAGGAGGGGGAGACUGAACAAGAUCAGUGAAAAGAUCAAACCUGAUGCUGGAGUAGUACAUUGAUUUUAAAAAUUAGCUGUUUGAUUCAUUGAAUACUGUUUUUUUUUUUUUUUUUUUUUUUAAAUGGAAACAAACUGAGAUGAAGAGAUCGCAGAGAAUUCGGCAGUUUUAAAAUCAGUAUAUGAAGUGGGGUUAUGAACUCACCUCCUCGUGUUAAAGCUUUUUUUACCUUCAGCUUGUUUUCUCUUCCUGCAUUUGUAAGUUUGUAGUGCACUUGUUUUCCUUCGUUAAAUC